AUGCCAGGCCACACAUCGCAGCUGCCCCGAGCUAGCUGCUCCUCCUGUCACACGCGGAAGAUCAAAUGUGAUCGUCGACCCGGAAGCUGUAGCGCCUGCUCGAAGAUCCAGAUAUCCUGCCGAUACCCCUCGAGCGAGCAGAUUCUGAAACGUCGUGCGCCGAGGGGACCGUACAAGAAGAGAAAGUCUCACCGGGAGAGGGAAUUGGAAGAUCUGGUCAAAACAAUGGCAGCAAAGUGCAACGAGCUGCAGGAUGCCGCCAAUAUUAUAACCCUGAACUCCUCGCCUUGUUACGCAGGCUCCCCAGCCGUGAACCUCGAUGUGGACGUGCAGGAAUAUCAGAAUGACGUCCUGAAAUCCUCGAGUCCGAAGUCUACUGUCACAUCAACGUCUUCUGGCUCGUCCUUCAGGUACUUUGAAAGAUCUCGCGGCCUGGGUAGAGCCUGUACCGUCGCAGAACGCCCGGGCUCCCUAGGGUCAAGCUUGACGAUUCAUACUGAUCCAGAGCUUGUGGCCGCUAGACGCUCGGAAUCGACUUUCAUAGAGCCCCCUAACUCUUGGUUGCAAGGAUCUCAAACACUCGAGCUGUGGCACAUCUACAGAACCCGCAUUGACCCUGUGACGAAAUUAAUCCACUGUCCGUCCUUCUCAGAACAGAUUCUGCUUGCAGUGUCUCAGUCCUCGGCUGUCGAUUCUAACCUACAAGUGCUUAUCUUCAGUAUUUGUUAUGCAGCAGUCGAUGUCCUGGCCGCCGGCGAGGUCGAAACUCGAUUCCAGCAGAGAAAGGACGCCUUUGCUUCUCUUUACAAGCAAAGGAUGGAGCGUGCUUUGGAGGAGGCGGCCUCACGCCAGAAGCCGUCAUUACAUGUCUUGCAAGGCCUUGUUCUUCACACGAUCUGCCUGUUCCGUCGGGCUGGGGAUGGCGUGCCAAUAGAUACGGCUCUGCUUCACAUGGCCGUGUCAGAGGCGUGCCUGCUGUUCCCAGAAAAUGCGAGCAAUAACCACGCCAACCUAUCGCUACUCGAAGAGCAACUCUUGCUUCGUUGCUGGUGGGCACUAUAUGUUCUCGAUUAUCACAGGGCUGCAAAAUGCGGAUGUGCGCCAAAUGCUACCCUCCAAUCUCAGCAGGUCGCGCUACCUCUGAACCUGAAUGACAUCGACCUGAGCCCCACUAUGCAGCAGUCUCCUACUCCCAGGACAUCAGUCACCGAAAUGUCUUAUUUCCUUGUUGUUGUUGAACUAACUCGGCUUCAAGCAUUGGCAUUACCACGUCUCAAGGCCAGCGAGUCGGAGUUUGACCUUCCCAAGGACCUCGAAUCCAUGGCUAACGAGCGUGUGCGAGCCGUGGAAAUCAAUUUUCUUUGGCAUUGCGAGACUUCUCGACAAUUUGACUGGCUACUGCUGCUGACCGCCAAAGCAAUGCUGAAUCCAAUUGAGAUCCAGAUGCUUGACUUGGGACUAGCAACCUAUUCAAUGGAUAAGACGCUGGCGUGUGCAGCAUGCGACGAUUUGUCUGAAAGGACCUUCUCACUAGCCCUGGACGUUGUUGAGUGUUGGUACAUUCUGAAAUCCAACCCAAACUUAUCAUCGUGGAGUUGGUACGUUGACAUUUUCCGCCGCGGGUACGACUUGGAUUAUGUCAAAUCCGAAUUGGCUCAACGGCCAGAAUCAGAACAGCGGGCUCGAGCUCAGACGCUACUUGAGCUUGGGGUGCAAUAG